CUGAGCUCGGGACUCCUCCCCUAAUGCAGACCGAGCAGAUCGCUCUUCCUGCGGUGUGUGACAGCAGCAGCGGCACUGGUGCAUUGUGUGUCUUUAAUAUUCAUUUGAUUCUUUUCUUCUCACACUGAGUUAUUAAUACAUCAUCAUCGGAUUUCCCUCCCUCUGGACGGACUGCAGGACGGAGCGGCUUCUCUACAAUGGCCAACAGAGAUGAUGAAUACGAUUUCUUGUUCAAAGUUGUUCUCAUUGGAGAUUCAGGCGUCGGGAAGAGUAACCUGCUGUCGCGUUUCACACGGAACGAGUUCAAUCUGGAGAGCAAGAGCACGAUAGGAGUGGAGUUCGCCACCAGGAGCAUCCAGGUGGACGGCAAGACGAUAAAAGCACAGAUCUGGGAUACAGCAGGACAGGAGCGGUACAGGGCCAUCACCUCUGCGUAUUAUCGUGGCGCGGUCGGCGCGCUGCUGGUGUACGACAUCGCCAAACAUCUGACCUAUGAGAACGUGGAGCGCUGGCUGAAAGAGCUGCGAGAUCACGCUGACAACAACAUCGUCAUCAUGCUGGUGGGGAAUAAGAGCGACCUGCGCCACCUGAGAGCCGUUCCCACCGACGAGGCGCGCGCUUUCUCAGAGAAAAAUAACCUGUCAUUCAUCGAGACGUCCGCUCUGGACUCGACUAACGUGGAGGAGGCCUUCAAGAACAUCCUAACAGAAAUUUAUCGCAUUGUAUCACAGAAGCAAAUCGCUGACCGAUCGGCUCAUGACGAGUCGCCGGGAAACAACGUAGUGGACAUCAGUGUCCCGCCGACUACAGACGGCCAGAAGGGCAACAGACUGCAGUGCUGCCAAAACCUGUAACCAUGACAACCAGCCCUCACCUGUCACUCAUCUCGUCUCCCUCCACAUAUCGUGCCACUAAUGUUCUCAGUUUAUUUGUGUAAUAUAUAUAUAUAUAUAUUUCUUUUUGAUAGCUUGUCCUGUCACAUACACACAUAUGACUGCCAUGAGUAAACUUUUACAGUAUCUGACUGAGCUCUGGUUUAUUGGCUGAAGGACUGUGAUUAAAAAAUGAAAAUCAGGUUUAUCAAAGUAAAUAUUCUACUAUCAUACAGAAACAUGGACAAAGAAAAUGUUACCUAAAUAUUUUUUCUCUGCUACCAUCAGCUGAAUCUCAAGAUCAUGUGCAGGUCAUAUUUCACUCCAAAAUCAAAAUAAAUGUUAAUAAUAUGAUUAACAAUAUUAAUGCAAUCAUUUUUAAUUGAAAAUUCAUUUUACUAAAAUUUUUAUUACUGUAAUGCAAAAUUACAUAUAUUUUUUUUUUGCUGUAAAAUAUACAUUACUGUAAUUUUAGCGAAGUUCAUCAAAAUGUCAUAAAAAUUACUUUUUAGUAUAUUAUGAAAUACUCAAAAGCAAAAUGUUUUUUGCAUUAAUCUUAAUGUUUCCAACAAAAUCUAAUCAUGGGGAAAAAAAUAAAAUAAUAAUAUAUAUAUAUAUAUAUAUAUAUUUUUUUUUUUUGCAUUGACUUCGAUUUUGACAUUGGUUUGUAGUAUCUUCAUGACAUUUUCAUGAAUUCCCCUCAGAUUUAAAUUACAGUAAUGCAGUGAUAUACAUAUAUAUAUAUAUAUAUAUAUAUUGGAUGAUAUAUUGUAUAACCUCACAUGUUUUCUUGAGACUGACCUUAAUACUUUACAGCAAAGUUGUGAAAUCAAGCUACUAGACAUUAAUCGUGAUAAAGUUGCUAGUUGAGUCUGAUAUCAGAGCUUUCUAUUUCUGUCUGUGUAACACUAUGGGAGGAGGAAGUGAUAUUUACAGAAGACAGGAAGUCCCGCCUUCCCAAACACAUCUGUGGCUGGAUUCUGGUACAUCAAAUAACAAAUACACUCAUGUGGAAACUAUAGUGCAAGACUAACAGAUCAGCAAACAACUCAAUACCAGAUAACAGCUCACCUGUUACAGCACUAUUUACUUGAUUUAAAUGCAUUGGGAUUUUUUUUUUUUUUUUUUUUUUUUUUUGUGUGCAUUGUUUUUUUAAUGUGUAGGUUCGUUAUUGUCAUACACACCUCAGUGUCUCUAUGAAGUCUCAUGAAUGCUGGUCUGGAGGUUCGCUGUGAACACACACACACACACACACACACACACACAAAAACUAUUUGUAAUUAUCAACAUUUUCAAAUUAAAAAUAAAAUGAUGCUUAAAUUGUGAAUACGAACCUAUUGCAUCAAUUAUGCAUCAAAAAUAAACACGUACACAAAUGA